AUGGCUCUUACUCUAAACCCAGUAGAUGUUCCAUCCUUCUGCACAACUCAACUCCACCUCUUGGACCAAGAACUUCAAUCUGAGCUGUCCGAAACUUCGACCCUCAUAACUGGAACCUCACCCACUUCCCUUCAGCGAGCUGGACUUGCGAUUACAAAUCUCGUUUUGAUAUCUCAAAGAACGGGAUUGGGUGGAAAAACUGUUGUUGAGCUAGGUCCCGAUCCGGCAACAUCUAGUUCUGGCUCUGGAGGAAAAGGUAAAGCUGGUAGUGGGGGUCCGGGAGAGGGUGAAUUACAAGAACAUGGGAUACGGGUUGGCGAUAUUGUGGCAGUUAGUGAACAGCCCAGUGGUAGUGCAAAGAAGAGGGAAGUCAAAGAGUUGGAGGAGAAGGGAAGUAGAGGUGUGGUGACCAAAGUAGGGAGGAGUGCGGUGUGGGUUGCGCUGGAUGAAAAUGGGAAGGGCGAGGAGAAUGUUGGAGGUAUGAAAAGAUGCUGGGUGGUCAAGCUCGCAAAUGAUGUUACGUACAAGAGAAUGAAUGGUACCAUGGGAAAGUUGGGGAAGAUGCAAGAAGCGGAAUAUUCAAAUUUCGUAAGAGUUUUAUUUGGAUUGUCAUCACCUUCGCCAGUUCCAGAAACCCUGGGGUAUGCGGGAAUUGAGUGGCUGGAUCCAAGUUUGAAUGAUAGUCAAAAGCAUGCCAUUAAGUUUGCACUUGCUUCGAGAGAGAUGGCUUUGAUUCAUGGACCACCUGGAACUGGAAAAACCCAUACCUUGAUUGAACUUAUUCUGCAGAUGCUCAAGCAGAAUCUCAGAGUCUUGGUGUGUGGGCCAUCCAAUAUAUCCGUGGAUAAUAUUGUUGAGCGACUUGCACCGCAUAAAGUACCUAUUGUACGCUUGGGUCAUCCAGCGAGACUUUUGCCAUCAGUGGUAAAUCAUUCUCUUGAUGUCCUCACACAGACUUCAGAAGCGGCUGCGAUUGUGCAAGAUGUACGAAAAGAAAUGGAUACCAAACAAGCUUCAAUAAAAAAGACCAAGAGUGGUAGAGAACGAAAAGCUAUAUAUGGCGAUCUCAAGGAACUUCGUAAAGAGUUUCGAGAACGUGAAAGGAAAUGCGUCAAUACUUUGGUGGGCGGUUCAAAAGUCGUACUUGCAACCUUGCAUGGUGCUGGGGGGUUUCAACUGAGGGAUGAGAAAUUUGAUGUUGUGAUUAUUGAUGAAGCUAGUCAGGCUUUGGAAGCUCAAUGUUGGGUACCUUUGCUGUCAGCUAGUAAAGUUGUUCUUGCCGGAGAUCAUCUCCAGUUGCCGCCAACAAUCAAAUCACUAAAUUCCAAGACUAAAACGAAAUCACAAGACACAGAGACAGAGGGUAUCAUCAAGGGGAUGACUUUGGAGACCACUCUGUUUGACAGAUUACUCAAAUUACAUGGCACUGGAAUUAAAGUCAUGCUUACUACACAGUACCGUAUGCAUGAGAAGAUCAUGAGAUUUCCCUCGGACGAGUUAUAUGAAUCAAAACUUGUCGCAGCUGAAGCAGUCAAGGCAAGACUUCUCACAGAACUACCGUAUGAUGUCGAGGAAACAGAGGAUACUAUUGAGCCCCUGAUAUUCUUCGAUACUCAGGGUGGCGACUUUCCGGAAAAGAGCGAAGAGGAGAGUGCUGAUAAGAAAGCCGGCAAGGGAAUGUUAGGUGAAAGUAAAAGUAACGAAAUGGAAGCGGUUCUCGUGAGACGACAUGUCCAGAAUCUUGUCGAUGCAGGGUUGAAGCCAGAGGAUAUUGCGGUUGUGACGCCAUACAACGCUCAGCUCGCAUUAAUGUCUCGAUCGAUGAAGGAGGCCUUUCCCGGCAUCGAACUGGGCAGUGUUGAUGGGUUUCAAGGAAGGGAAAAAGAAGCCAUCAUUGUUUCCCUCGUUCGAAGUAACAGCGAACGCGAAGUGGGAUUUUUAGGAGAGAGGCGCAGGUUGAACGUCGCUAUGACCCGACCGCGACGCUCACUGACAAUCAUUGGCGAUUCGGAAACUGUCUCGAGAGGUAGUAAAUUUCUCAAACGAUGGAUGGACUUUCUGGAAGAAAAUGCCGACUUACGAUACCCAUCCAUAGCGGAGUUGAAUUCGUAA